CGCGCCCGUUAGAGUGUCCAAUUGCUCCCGAAAUCACACACGUACAGGACCCGUCGUCACUUCAAAGUUCAUCAAGAAUUUUCGUUCAACCGGUUGAACCAAGUCGUUCCAAGGAACUUUCCAAGCUAUCCCACUAGCUCCUCGUUGUCUGCAACAUGUCCGACUUCUUCAAAUCGUCGUCGUCGUCUAGUUCUCCGUCAGACAUGACUGCAAAAAAAGAAGCCGUGAUGAAUGGUGUGCGCUCCGAGAUUGCCCUUGCUAGCGCGCAGGAGCUUAUAAACAAAACGAAUGAGAAAUGCUUCGCUAAGUGCAUAGCGAAACCUGGGACCUCCUUGUCUAGCUCAGAGGAGACAUGUUUGUCUCGAUGCCUCGAACGUUACCUGGAAACAUUCAACAUAAUUAGCAAAACCUACAGUGCCCGCUUAAGCAGAGAACGCGAGCAGCGGCAACUUAAUCAGAUAUAGUCGGCAUAUUGUAUCUAUACCACCUCCCUCCGUCAAUCGUACUUUCAUUUUAGUUGUUCAUCAAUCUCACCUGCAUGUCAUUAAGGCGGCUCCAUUCUCGACCC